AAACGUACACGACACUUUUUUCUCGUCUCAAAAAGAUUUAUUUCGGUGAAUUCAAUAAUUUCAUAAACUAUGAGCAUUUUCAAGCUUAAAUAAUGCUUAACUCGUAAUUGCUUUUGUCAUUAAUAAGCUCAAAGUGAAAUAAUCAUCGAAUAAAGAAAAGUUAGUUAAAUAGAAAAAGCUUUUGUUUUAAGAAAAAAACCGGAAAAGUAAACAGAUUAAUAGAAAUUAAAGAGAUUCAAAAUGAGUACUGUAAAGCCAGCAACAACACUCCGUGUGUCAUCAGAAAAGCAAGAAAGUCUUGUAAAACUCGGCAUUCUUGUCCUUGCAGCAAUUCUUUCCUUUUCAACUCGAUUAUUUUCUGUACUGAGAUUUGAAAGUGUCAUUCAUGAGUUUGAUCCUUAUUUCAACUAUAGAACGACUAAGUUUUUGACUGAGAAAGGAUUCUACAACUUUCACAAUUGGUUUGAUGAGAUGGCUUGGUAUCCUCUGGGUAGAAUCAUUGGAGGAACCAUUUAUCCUGGUCUGAUGGUCACAUCAGCAACAAUUUAUCGAAUUUUGUGGCUUCUCAACAUCACUAUUGACAUCAGAAAUGUUUGCGUCUUCAUCGCGCCGCUCUUCUCAUCAUUCACAACAAUUGUGACGUACUUACUUGGAUCAGAGAUUUAUUCAACUGGUGCUGGUCUUGUGUCUGCAGCAAUGAUCUCAAUUGUUCCAGGAUACAUUUCAAGAUCUGUCGCUGGAAGUUACGAUAACGAAGCGAUUGCCAUCUUUGCGAUGCUUCUCACUUAUUACAUGUGGAUAAAGUCAGUGAAGACUGGAACAAUUUUCUGGUCGACUUUAACAAGUCUUGCCUACUUCUACAUGGUGUCAUCAUGGGGUGGUUACGUUUUCCUCAUCAAUUUAAUUCCACUUCAUGUUUUGACUUUGAUGGCGACCGGAAGAUUCUCUCAUCGAUUGUAUGUCGCUUACAGCACAGUUUAUUGCAUUGGAACGAUCCUCUCGAUGCAGAUUUCCUUCGUUGGAUUUCAACCAGUUCAAUCAUCUGAGCAUAUGUUGGCGUUUGGUGUGUUUGGACUUUGCCAACUUCAUGCAUUCGUCGACUUUCUUCGAUCGAAACUUACCAAAGAACAAUUUGAAGUUCUCUUCAAAUCGCUUGUUGCAGCAAUUCUUUCGAUCUUUGUUGCAUUUGCUGCUGUGUUGACAUUAUCGGGAAAGAUUUCUCCAUGGACUGGAAGAUUUUAUUCAUUGUUGGAUCCAUCAUAUGCUAAAAAUCACAUUCCAAUUAUUGCGUCAGUAUCAGAACAUCAGCCUACAAGUUGGAGUUCCUUCUACUUUGAUCUUCAGAUUUUAGUCUUCUUAUUCCCUGCUGGACUUUACUUCUGCUUUGAUAAACUCACCGAUGCAAACAUUUUCAUCAUUCUUUACGGUGUUACAAGCAUUUACUUUGCUGGUGUCAUGGUUCGUUUGAUGUUGGUACUCGCACCAAUUAUGUGCAUUUUGUCGGGCGUUGCAGUCUCACAUUUACUAACGAAGUACAUCAGAAAUGUAGACACAUCAGUUGCUGUGCCUUUUGUCAGCGAUUCUUCAGCAAAACCUUCAAAUUAUCGUCAAGAACCAUCGAGGAAAACAAAGAAAUAUGAAUUACAGCAAAAGGGAGUGAAGAAUGAGAUUGCAAUAGGAUUUGUGAUUUUAAUGACAUUCAUGUUGAUUACUUACACAUUCCACUGUACUUGGGUGACAUCAGAAGCUUAUUCAUCUCCAAGUAUUGUUCUCAGUGCAAGAAGUCACGAUGGAUCGAGAAUUAUUUUUGAUGAUUUUCGAGAAGCUUAUUAUUGGUUGAAGAUGAAUACAGCGGAAGAUGCAAGAAUUAUGUCAUGGUGGGAUUACGGAUAUCAAAUAACAGCAAUGGCAAAUCGUACAAUUCUUGUUGAUAAUAAUACAUGGAAUAACACGCACAUAUCUCGGGUUGGACAAGCAAUGGCAUCGACUGAAGAGAAAGCUUAUGAAAUUAUGCGAGAACUUGAUGUUAAUUACGUUCUUGUGAUAUUUGGUGGUCUCACUGGAUAUUCGUCUGAUGACAUCAACAAGUUCUUGUGGAUGGUGAGAAUUGGUGGGUCAACUGAUCGAGGUCAACAUAUUAAAGAACAAGAUUAUUAUUCAUCGAAUGGUGACUUUAGAAUCGAUAAAGAAGGUUCACCCACAUUGCUCAAUUGCCUCAUGUACAAGCUUUGUUAUUACCGCUUUGGUCAAGUUUACACAGAAGCUGGUAAGCCAACGGGAUACGAUCGAGUUCGUGCUGCUGAGAUUGGUAAUAAAGACUUUGAACUUGAGACAUUACAAGAAGUUUACACAACCGAACAUUGGCUUGUGAGAAUUUAUAAAGUCAAAGAUCUCGAAAAUCGUGGAGUUUAAAAAACUUUUUUCCUUUGUCAAUGAUUUCAUUUCAAUAUCUCAGAUUGAUUGCUUCUUCUUGAAGAAAAGACGAUUACUAGAAAAUUAUAGAUCGCUGUCAUUCAUUUUAAAGAAGAAAUUAUUGUCAUCAUAAAUGUAAUUAAGUAAUUGAAAAAGUCAUCGAGAUUUCUUCUUCUGUUCUUUGCGUUAAACGAUGUAAACAAAAUCUCCAGUUGUACUGAUGAUACGCUAAUACUGAAUAAUAUUUUCUUUUGUCUCUCUUUCUCAAAAAUCUCCUUGUUUUUGAUAUGUCAAAAAACUUACUAAAAUUUCAUAAAAUAAUUCCAAUAAAAAUUUAAUAAAAAA